GCGGGCGUGGACCUCCAUUCCGCCUUCUCCGCCUUGUGCUUCUUGUGCUUCUUCCCCAUAAAUGACAGCCGGGAGGGGGAACAAUGGCCGCGGCCGAACGAGGGCGUGACGGGAAGUGACGCGGGGUCGCUUCCGGUGGGUGGAGCGAAGGCGCUGUUGGCUGAGGGGAAAAGCCCGCCGAGUUCGGUUUGGGGAGUCGCGAAGGUGGAGGGUUUUCAUAAUAUGGAUGAAGCAGCCGGUGACUUAAAACAGGCCCUUCCGCGCGACUUCCUGCAGAUACAUGUGGAAGUCCAUCAGAAAUCAAACAGCACCGCAAAAAGAGAAGAUAUAAAGGAGAGUGUCCUAAGAUUACUGAAUCGACAUAACAUUGUCUUUGGUGAUUAUAAAUGGACUGAGUUUGAUGACAUCUUCCUAGCAAAUAAUGUGCAGUCUGUUGCAGUUGUGGAUACAGAGCUAAAGCUGAAGGAAAGACAGCCUAUUAACUUGAACGAGUGCAGCCUUUCCAUUCAUAUUUUUCAUCUUAACGAAGAAGGUCCCAGUACUGAAAACCUGGAAGAAGAGGAUGAAAAUAUUAUUGCAGCUAAUCACUGGGCGUUACCUACAGCUGAAUUCCACGGUCUCUGGGAGAGCCUUGUUUAUGACAAUGAAGUUAAAUCAGAUUUACUAGAUUAUGUGACUACCACGUUACUGUUCUCAGACAGAAACGUCAACAGCAACUUGAUAUCCUGGAACAGAGUUGUUCUACUACAAGGUCCUCCGGGAACUGGUAAAACCUCCCUGUGCAAAGCACUGGCUCAGAAGUUGGCCAUUAGACUUUCGCACAGGUAAUUCUGAU